AUGCAAAUCUCAAUCAUGUAUUAUUGGGUUCUUCUGGUUGGACUCUUAUCCCCUCUCAUCCAGGGGUCCGAGCCUCUGUUUCGAGACGUGACCCAGGCUGUGCUGGCGCCGAAUAGACUGCACAACCCCACACAGCUCAACUACGGCAUGGCAGUCACCGAUGUAGAUGGGGAUGGGAGUCUGGAGGUGGUUGUUGCAGGAUACAAUGGCCCUAACCUUGUUCUCAAAUACGACAGCAGUCAAAGCAGACUUGUAAACAUUGCAGUAGAUGACCCUACCUCCCCUUAUUACGCCCUGAGGGAUACAGCAGGUAACGCCAUCGGAGUCACUGCUUGUGAUGUGGACGGAGAUGGACGUGAAGAAAUCUACUUCCUCAACACUAACAAUGCCUACUCUGGACGGGCAACAUAUUCUGACAAGUUGUUUAAAUUUCGCAAUGGCCGCUUUGAAGAUCUUCUCAGUGACGAGCUCAAUGUACGCAGAGGUGUGGCCAACCGCAUGGCAGGGCGUUCAGUGGCUUGUGUUGACAGAAAGGGAACCGGACGUUAUUCCGUCUAUGUUGCAAAUUACGCCAGUGGAAAUGUCGGGCCUCACGCUUUGCUAGAAAUGGAUGAGACGGCAAGUGACGUGACCAAAGGGUCCAUUGCUCUUUCUGAUGUUGCUUCCAUAGCUGGAGUCAACAAACUCACAGGAGGCCGAGGUGUCGUGGUCGGACCAAUCCUGAGCGAGGCGAGAUCUGAUGUGUUCUGUGACAACGAAAAUGGAGCAAACUUUCUCUUCAAAAAUAAUAAUGAUGGAACAUUUGUGGAUGUGGCUAAACAAGCAGGUGUGGAGGAUCAGUACCAGCACGGCCGAGGAGUGGCUCUGGCUGACUUUAACGGUGAUGGAAAGACGGACAUUGUUUAUGGAAACUGGAAUGGACCACACCGAUUGUAUCUACAGGGCAGCGACUCAAAAUUCAGGAACAUAGCAACUGGAGGAUUUGCCACGCCCUCACCCAUCAGAACUAUAAUUGCUGCUGAUUUUGAUAACGACAAGGAGUUAGAAGUGUUUUUUAACAACAUUGCAUACAGAGGAAAUGCACCUAACAGGGUUUUCAGGGUGUCGAGAAAGAUCAACGCCAACCCUGUGAUUGAUGAGCUAAAUGUGGGGGACGCAGCAGAGCCACAGGGAAGAGGAACAGGAGGCACAGUCACAGACUUUGAUGGUGAUGGGCAGCUGGACCUGUUUAUUGCACACGGAGAGAGUGCCCAGCAGCCAAUAUCUGUUUUCAAAGUCACACAAGGCUCGUCCAAUAACUGGCUGCGGAUUGUCCCACGGACUCAGUUCGGAUCGUUUGCGCGAGGAGCUAAAGUGACCGUGUUCACCAGUCAGAGUGGAGCUCUCACACGCAUCAUCGACGGUGGCUCUGGAUACCUCUGCCAGAUGGAGCCAGUGGCACAUUUUGGUUUGGGUGGUGAUGAGGUGAAGGUCCUGGAAGUGUCCUGGCCCGACGGCAGAACAACAUCCCGCUCACUUCAGGCUGGAGAGAUGAACUCAGUGGUAGAAGUGCCUUACCCCAAAGAUGGAGCCGUGUCUGUUUUAACUAAUGACACUCAGUGCGGCCAAGGUUUUGAGGUCAGGAACGGCCGGUGUGCAGGUAUUUGA